GCUGGAGCCUGGAUAGAAUCUGUUAUUGUAUCACAGACUCUCUUUUAUCCUUUGUAAUCUUAAAUAUAUAUAUUUUGGAUUAGCAUCUGAGCCCAGAGCACUGCUGGAGUCUGGAAGCUACAGGCAGCUGCCUUCCUGGUUCUCUUCUCAGGGAGUUGAGUAGACCCUUGGACUGCGGGUGUUUUGGAUCCAUAGCCCAAUGGGGUCCAGCUAAGGAGAUACUACAAGGCAGAUUUUAGCGCAGGAGAGCAGUGACUGGUGCUGGCCGAGGAGGGUAUUGGAGACCAUCAGACCACACCGACCAUGAACAUCAUUGGGAGUUACCAGCACCACCACAUGAUGCCAGAGCCUUUCAUCUUCACCCCGGGUUCCAGGUGCCACCAGGAGAGACCUUUCUUCCAAGGUUGGGUCCUGAAUCCUGGAGAAGUGUCCCCGGAGUUUGCCACCCAGCCCCCCUACAGUCCUGAGUAUGGGGCAGUGGGAGCUGCCCAGAGCAGUGGCCGUCUAGAGGCUCUGGGGGGUAGGCUGGGCAGGAGGAAAGGAGUGCCCCCCAAAAAGGAGAGGAGAAGGACGGAGAGUAUUAAUAGCGCCUUUGCUGAGCUGAGAGAGUGUAUCCCCAAUGUGCCUGCUGACACCAAGCUCUCCAAGAUCAAGACCCUCAGGCUGGCCACCAGCUACAUAGGCUACCUGAUGGAUGUCCUGGCCAAGGACAGUGAGCCUGGGGGCACAGAGGGUUUCAAGGCUGAGCUGAAGAAGGUGGACAGCAGGGACUGCAAGCGGAAAAGGGACCCGCAAACUGAAGGAUUUUGGGGAGCUGCCACCUCAGGAGAGAAGAAGUUAAAGGGAAGGACAGGGUGGCCUCAACAGGUCUGGGCCUUAGAACUGAACCCUUAAACCUACCUUAACCCAGAAUGCACAGUAAAUGUCCUGCAAAACUCAGGAUAAAAGGAAUAUAUUCACUGAGCACUCUUCUUCAGGCUAUAUAUAGGCAAAGAACUUCCUGAUAUUUAUGUACAUUUUUUUUUUUUUUUUUACAAAAAAUUCUAUAUAUUUUUUGGAU